UUGUUGUUUGACUUUUCUUUCAGCUAUAAAAUGUUGUUCUUCUUCUAAUCCGUUCUCAAAUUAGCUUCUUCUUUUUUUAAUCUGUCGUCCUGGGUUUUUGGGAAUCUCAUGUUGGAUAUGGUCAAGAUCUGAUCGUGGUUUCGAUGAUCCGACUUUAAUGUUUUCAACCUCACUGAUUUUGAUUGAUUUUCCCAAGCGUUUUCUCGUCUGAUUAAUAGAUAGCUCUGAGAUCUCUGUUGGAUUGGAUUAGGGUAGCUCUUCGAUUAUAGAUAGGGUUUGGAAGAGCAUAAUAGGGGAUAUAAUGCGGCUGAGCUCCGAGCUACUCAUCUCUUUGGUUCCUUCGUUGACUUUUUCUUAUUCUGGUUUAUCUUCUAAUCGUUUGAAACCUCUCGAAAAGAGUGAUUGGCGUGGUAAUCUUAGUUGAAGUUUCGUUCCUCUCUUAGAUCUUUUGCCUUUUGUUCCAUCUCUCACGGUUUUCUUAGCUCGGUUUAAAAACUAAACUAAUCGAAGAAGAAGAAGCUUGUUUCACCAGUGAUCUUUCUUUCGGUGUGUGUUUGAUCUUUCGAAGAAGAUUUGCGACGCACAGGAGUUACUGUUUGCUACAAUUGGAUAUGAGCUCUGUUUGCGGUGGGUUUGAUUACAAAAAUGCAGAGUCCCACAUCUCUGCUUCCAGCCCCAAUAAAUGUUCUAAUAAUGGUUCGAAUCAUGUCUCCGUUACCGGAUCUGAAGAUGCUCAGGAGUCUGAUGGGGAUGAUAGUGGUAAUAUACACCAAUAUCUGAAUGAAGAAUCCAAAGACAUCACCGAACCGGUGAUCCCAGAGCCUUUAUUACCUCUCAAGUCUUCCGAUGAUGAAGGAGAAGACAAGAACCUUGCCAAGGACAUGCUCUCUGAGAGUCCACAGGUGAGUGCUGCUAUUGUCAUCCCAGCCAUUAAAGGCAGCCGAGAGAAGCAUGGCAAGUCCGUCGAGAAGCUGAGCGUGUCAUGGGCUGAAGAUGUGUAUGAUCCUCCACCUUCCAUCGUCUCUCACACGAGGAGCAAGAAACAGCAGCAACAUCAGAAAUCAAAGAGCAGUUUGAAAAAGAGUGGAAAGAAAGGACACAAGGGAAGCAGUAGUUCAUCAUCAUCAUCAUCAUCGUCAUCCCGUGGCAGCAAAGACAAGAAGUCGUCAUCUUCUUCUUCUCGCAGUAAACACAGUCGUGAUAAGUUUGGAUGGGCAACACAAAUGCCUAUUGCAGCCGCAUCUUCUUGAUCGUCGUCUAUGGCAUGACCAUCUCUACUUUGCUAUGUCUCCUCUCUCUUUCUCUCUCUCUCUCUCUCACUCGCUUUCUCACUUGUUUAUAUAUAUAUAAAUAAAAGCUAUGGUGUGAAAACUUUUCUCGAGUUUCAGAACGAUUUUUGUUUUUUGUUUUGUACGGAAUUGAGUUUGUUUUAAAGACGCUUUGUUUACUUGUCAA